CUUAACCUCUCAGACCUAACCCUAAAUCCAUCUCUCUCCUCUCUCCCUCUUUUUCUCACAAGCUUCAUCUUCAUGUUUUACUAGUUCAGCUCCAGUUUCAUUGUACAUGUACAUGACCUUGUAUCUCUUUUCUUUUGCUCUUCUUCAAAAUUUUCAGUCUUCUUCCCCUUGAUUAAUUGUAUAUCCAUACUCAAGCUAAGCUACUGGUUUUGGUUUGAGCGAAAGAGAAAAAGGAGAUUAAUUAACUAGGGUUUUUAAAUUGUUUGUCUUUUCACUCAAGAAAUGGAUCAAGUCUCUCGCUCUCUUCCUUUUCUCUCAAGAGAUCUUCAUCUUCACCCACACCAUCAGUUUCAGCAUCAGCAGCAACUCCACGAGAUCGACCAGCACCGAAUCAGCGGCCUAAAACGCGACCGAGACACUGAGAUCGAUCCAAACGAGCACUCUCCAGCCGGUAAAGAUCAAAACACUCCCGGCUCCGGCGGAGAAAGCGGCGGUGGAGGAGGAGGAGAUAAUCAAAUCACGAGAAGACCACGUGGCAGACCAGCUGGAUCCAAGAACAAACCAAAACCACCAAUCAUCGUCACGAGAGACAGCGCGAACGCUCUCAAAUCCCAUGUGAUGGAAGUAGCCAACGGAUGUGACGUCAUGGAAAGCGUCACGGUCUUCGCUCGCCGUCGCCAACGCGGUGUAUGCGUUUUGAGCGGAAACGGCGCCGUUACUAACGUUACCAUAAGACAACCAGCUUCGGUACCUGGUGGUGGCUCGUCUGUGGUUAACUUGCACGGACGCUUCGAGAUUCUUUCUCUCUCGGGAUCUUUCCUCCCUCCUCCAGCUCCACCCGCUGCUUCCGGUCUAACGAUUUACUUAGCCGGUGGUCAGGGACAAGUAGUUGGAGGGAGCGUGGUGGGACCACUCAUGGCUUCGGGACCUGUGGUGAUUAUGGCCGCUUCGUUUGGGAACGCUGCGUAUGAGAGGUUGCCUUUAGAGGAAGAAGAUCAGGAAGAGCAGCAAACGUCUGGAGCGGUUGUUAAAAAUAAUAAUAUCGAUGGAAACGCAACGAUGGGUGGUGGGACGCAAACGCAGCAGCAGCAGCAACAGUUGAUGCAAGAUCCGACGUCGUUUAUUCAAGGGUUGCAACCAAAUCUUAUGAGUUCAUCUGUUCAAUUGCCAGGCGAAGCUUAUUGGGGAACUCCGAGACCAUCUUUCUAAUUCGCCACAAAAAAUAAUGAUACGUUUCUUCGUUUUUCAAAUUUAAUAUAUCUUCUGUUAAAUUUUAAUUUUAUUUUCUAAAAGAUAAUUGUAGCCUUUUAUGAAGAUUUGGGGUACGUAUGGAAUCGACGAGAACCGUUUUGGUCA